GAUCCUCUGAUGGUUCAUUAUGCCAUGAUGAAAACCUUGCUAAAGUGAUUGAACUCCAGGACAUCAUAGAUAAGCAAAACAAAGAGCAGACACAAAUGAAAGAACGUCUUACUGCUUUGUCUAGCAGAGUAGCAGAGCUGGAAGAAGAUCUUGACACAGCUAGAAAAGACUUAAUAAAAUCUGAAGAAAUGAAUACAAAGUUACAGAGAGAUGUACGAGAGACUUUGGCCCAAAAGGAAGAUAUGGAAGAGAGAAUUACAACUCUUGAAAAACGCUACCUCGCUGCACAACGUGAAGCUACAUCUGUGCAUGACCUCAAUGAUAAACUUGAAAAUGAAAUUGCCACUAAAGACUCCAUGCAUCGACAGAGUGAAGAUAAGAACAGACAGUUGCAAGAACGACUGGAACUGGCUGAGCAGAAGCUGCAGCAGACCUUAAGAAAAGCUGAAACUUUGCCGGAGGUGGAAGCUGAGCUGGCACAGAGAGUUGCAGCACUUUCAAAGUCUGACCUUUUGUCUCCUGGGAACUCUGCUGCUAAAGAUGCUAAAGUAUUGGAGCUUGCCACCAAGCUUAGGAAGGCUGAGGAGAGACAUGGCAAUAUAGAAGAACGGCUCAGACAGAUGGAAGCUCAACUAGAAGAAAAGAAUCAAGAACUGCAAAGGGCUAGACAGAGAGAGAAGAUGAAUGAAGAACAUAAUAAACGCUUGUCAGAGACUGUUGAUAAGCUGCUCUCUGAAUCCAAUGAAAGGCUUCAGCUUCAUCUCAAGGAAAGGAUGGCUGCCUUGGAAGAUAAGAAUUCUCUUCUUCGAGAAAUUGAAAUUGCAAAAAAACAGAUAGAGGAACUUCAGCAUGAAAAGGAUCAACUUGUGUUAAAUGUUGAAGCAUUAAGGGCUGAAAAUGACCAAGUGAGACUCAGAGCCGCAUCGCUUCAUCAUAGCCGAUCACAUUUGGGUAGUGUACCAGAUUUCAGAUACCCUAUGACAUCUUCAUCUGUGGUGGACAGUCACACAGACUCCUAUGGCACCUCAUCAGUGUUAAGGCGUCCCCAGAAAGGGCGUUUGGCAGCUCUCAGAGAUGAACCUUCAAAGCAUGUUCAGACGCUGAAUGAGCAAGACUGGGAGCGAGCCCAGCAAGCAAGCGUAUUGGCAAACGUGGCACAAGCAUUUGAAAGCGAUGUUGAUGUGUCUGAUGGUGAGGAUGAUAGGGAGACUAUAUUCAGUUCAGUUGAUCUGCUGUCACCAAGUGGUCAGGCUGAUGCUCAGACUUUGGCCAUGAUGCUUCAGGAACAGUUGGAUGCAAUCAACAAAGAGAUUAGACUUAUACAAGAAGAAAAGGAAAACACAGAACAACGGGCAGAGGAAAUAGAAAGCAGAGUAGGUAGUGGAAGCUUGGACACCCAUGGUCGUUUUCGGUCAAUGAGCUCCAUUCCUCCUCCAUAUGCAGCUGGUUCCCUUGCUGGGUCUUCCCCUCCUGGCAGUGGCCGCUCCACCCCAAGGCGGAUCCCACAUAGUCCAGCUCGGGAAGUGGACAGACUAGGUAUCAUGACACUGCCUAGUGAUUUAAGGAAACACCGUAGAAAGUCUCCAGCUUCUAGAGAAGAGGUACGAGAUGAUAAAACUACCAUAAAAUGUGAGACAUCACCACCAUCCUCACCUCGAUCUUUGCGUUUGGACAGAGUCCAAAAAGGCGCUUUGCAUACAGUGAGCCAUGAAGAUAUCAGGGACAUAAGAAAUUCAACAGGCUCACAAGAUGGACAAGCAAGUAAUCCUAGUAGCAGCAAUAGUAGCCAGGAUUCCCUCCAUAAGGCCCCCAAAAAGAAGGGGAUCAAAUCCUCCAUUGGCCGUUUGUUUGGCAAGAAAGAAAAGGGACGACCUGGACAAACCAGUAAAGACACAUUAGGACAAGUUGGUAUGGCAGAAGCAGAUAGUUCCUCUCAGGAUGCAUUAGGUCUCAGCAAACUUGGAGGUCAGGCAGAAAAAAACAGGAAACUACAGAAAAAGCAUGAGUUGCUUGAGGAAGCCAGAAGACAAGGAUUACCUUUUGCCCAGUGGGAUGGGCCUACAGUGGUUGUGUGGUUGGAGCUCUGGGUAGGGAUGCCAGCCUGGUAUGUAGCUGCUUGCCGAGCAAAUGUGAAAAGCGGUGCUAUCAUGUCAGCCUUGUCUGAUACAGAAAUACAGCGUGAAAUUGGAAUCAGUAAUCCUCUGCACAGAUUGAAGCUGAGGCUUGCCAUUCAAGAGAUCAUGUCACUAACAAGUCCAUCUGCCCCUCCCACCUCAAGGACGACUACGGGAAAUGUCUGGGUAACACAUGAAGAAAUGGAAAAUCUUACAGCCACACAACAAACGACUUUAGCCUAUGGUGAUAUGAACCAUGAGUGGAUUGGCAAUGAAUGGCUCCCUAGUCUGGGACUCCCUCAGUAUCGCAGUUACUUCAUGGAGUGUCUUGUUGAUGCUAGAAUGCUGGAUCAUCUGACUAAGAAAGAUCUCCGCGGACAACUUAAAAUGGUGGACAGCUUUCACAGAAACAGUUUUCAGUGUGGAAUUAUGUGCCUACGAAGACUGAACUAUGAUCGAAAGGAACUUGAAAGAAAAAGAGAAGAAAGCCAGAAUGAAAUUAAAGAUGUCCUUGUCUGGAGCAAUGAUAGAAUGAUCCAUUGGGUAUUGUCCAUUGGUCUUAAAGAAUAUGCGAAUAACCUUAUAGAGAGUGGAGUACAUGGUGCACUUGUGGCCUUAGAUGAAACAUUUGAUUACAACGCAUUAGCUCUCUUAUUACAAAUACCUACUCAGAACACACAGGCUCGUGCUGUUCUGGAGAGGGAAUUUAAUAACCUUCUUGUUAUGGGCACUGACAGAAGACUUGAUGAAGAUGAUGAUAAGAGCUUUAGGCGAGCGCCUUCAUGGAGAAAGAAGUUUAGACCAAAGGACAUAAGAGGUUUAGCUGCUGGAUCAGCAGAGACUCUCCCUGCAAAUUUCAGAGUUACAACCUCAAUGUCUUCACCUUCUAUGCAGCCAAAGAAGAUGCAGAUUGAUGGCAGUGUAUCAGGAACACAAAGAUUGGAUUCUGCUACAGUAAGGACAUACUCCUGUUAAAGCCUUCUCCUGUUUACCCACACUAUUUCUACCGGUGAUAUGCAGCAUUUUGAACAUUUGGAACCUUUAAUCUGUUAAUACUUGUUAAAUGGACACUUUGAGAUAUUUUAUUACAGAGUUUUUAAUUAGCAAAUAAAUUCAUGAGUACUAUAGAGAAAAUAUUUUAGAAUCUAAAUGUUUCUUAUAUUUAUGUGACUUCUCAUUUAUAUAGCUACUUACUUUUUCUGUUUGUAUUCAGUCUACAAAUCAAAUCAUUGCUGAUUUUUAUUCUAAUUUUAGUCUUUCCAACUGAAUGUACUGUAAUGCUUGUAUGUAUAUGUCCCUAUAAGUAAUAUAGGGUUUUUGUAAAUUAUGCAGUUACUGUAAUUAUCAUUGUUUUUUAAUAAUGAAAUGGAAGGUGAAAAGGAUUUUCAUACCUUUGUAAAAGUAUCAUGACACCAAGCAGUAUAUAUUUUGUCUUUUGGAAAUGUUAGCUAGAUCUAAAAAUAAGUCCAGCUUUUUUCAGGUAAGCAUAUGUGGUUGUAGAAGGUAUGGUACAUGGUUGUUCUGCUUUUCAGAACUGUACCUUUCCACAAAGAGGAUUUGUCAAGUAGUGGGGAUUGUCUUUAUUUAAAAUAAAACUUGCUUUAAAAGCUGGGAAAAAUUAGAACACUAUGGAACACAUUUUAGAAAUGACUGACUCGGUCAUAACUCGGUCUUUGCUGUAUUUGUAUAGCAUAGCUUCACAGUGACUGAAAACAAGCCAUAAACUAAGAAAUGUUUUUCCUUAAUUGAGGAAGACAGACUUCAUAAUAAUUCCUGAUAGUAGUCCACAGGCCACAGAGAGAGUUUUUGUCCUAGAUCUUUUUGAUUGAAAACCCUUGUGGAAAGGGUAAAACUAGUUUUAAUGGACCAAUCACGAAGCACUGCAGUAUCAUGUCAAAUGUAUAGUGAAAGAUGAAGGUACAAUAUGCUGAAAACAAAAGCAGUGCAACCUCUAAUAAAGGCCUUACUUUUCUUAUGUAAGUCAUCUUUUUGUGUUUUGUAAGCUUGUUCUAAAGAGUUGUCUGGACUUCAGUUUUGGUGGUUGUAGCCAUUUUGGACUGUAUGAGUAGCAAAAUGUAGUCAACACUUGUAAAUGGCAUAUUAGAAAGCCAGCAAGAAAUCUGUUCCGAUCAUGGUGCAUUAUUUAUUAUGCAACAAUAUAUAUAGCAUGUCUUUUCUUAUUGUUUUCCACUUUUAACUUGCUUGUAAAACUGAAAUUCAUUGUUACUGUUCUGUUUUUCUAUUAAUCUUUUGUGUAUUUUCAAAUUAUGUAACAAUAUGUACAGUCUAAGUACUUUUGAACUAUUUUUAUCACAGUAUUAUUUAUUGCUUUCUUUCAAUAAAGUACUGAGGCAUUUUCCACUGCCAAUAAAACACUAUUGAAAAGCUAAGAUCUAAUUGUACACAGGCAGGUAUUUUUGCGGUGAGUGGAGACUGUCAAUAAAGCAUCUUAAUGAUUGAUUGCUGCCCUGUAGAUCUUGUUUCAAAUGAUGGUUUUUCUCUUCAGUAGAAAAAUGUUACCUUAGAUAUGACAACUUGUUGAGAAUUGUUUGAAUUCACAUGUUGUAUCAUCAGUUCUGGAAAAAUUUUUCAUAAAAUAACUGCUGCAUUGCCUACUUCUGCUGGUAGCGACAGCUGUGAUUUACAUCUUUUAACACAACUGCAGUGUUUUCUGACCCACACGCGACGAAGAUUGAAGUGCUGUUCUCUGUAGCAGCAACAGUUGCUUUGUUAAUGAGAUGAGACUAUGACAAUAGUGAUGUUUGUGGGGAGAAACAUUGGGAGUCUAGGGAACAAAUACAAAGUUGGGUCACAGGAGGGCUGUUUGUUUCAGUUUAAAUACAAUUUAAACCAUUUCUCGUGGAGAAGAGAAGACUGAAGCAAAAACUUGCAGAAUAGAAGCAGUAGUGAAGCGUAUUUCAUCACGUCCUCUAGAGGAACAGCAGGAUGUGGAAUGUACGGAAUGGAGAACUGUUGCGACUGAUGCUUUAAACACUGUUCUAUAAUAUAUCUCUAUUUGUUUCUGUCUAGCUUGUCUAUAUGAACUGCUAUCUAAUAAUUUGUGGUUUCUUUUAUAAUUUCGGAGGAUCUUUCUAGAAAAAAUAAAAUGAAAGUGCAGAAGGAAA